ACCCCGACCCCGACCCCGACCCCGCCGCCAUGUGCUGGCUCCGCGCGCUGCUGAAGAACGCGUCUGCCGGGGCGCCCAAGUACAUCGAGCACUUCAGCAAGUUCUCCCCGUCCCCGCUGUCCAUGAAGCAGUUCCUGGACUUCGGGUCCAGUAAUGCCUGUGAGAAAACCUCCUUCACCUUCCUCAGGCAGGAGCUGCCCGUGCGCCUGGCCAACAUCAUGAAAGAGAUCAACCUGCUUCCUGACCGGGUGCUGGGCACACCCUCGGUGCAGCUGGUACAGAGCUGGUAUGUCCAGAGCCUCCUGGACAUUAUGGUGUUCCUGGACAAGGACCCAGAGGACCAACGCACCCUGAGCCAGUUCACCGAGGCCCUGGUCACCAUCCGGAACCGCCACAACGACGCGGUGCCCACCAUGGCACAGGGCGUGCUCGAGUACAAGGACGCCUACGGCGACGACCCCGUGUCCCACCAGAACAUCCAGUACUUCCUGGACCGCUUCGACCUCAGCCGCAUCUCCAUCCGCAUGCUCAUCAACCAGCACACCCUGAUCUUUGACGGCAGCACCAACCCGGCCCACCCCAAACACAUCGGCAGCAUCGACCCCAACUGUUGCAUCUCUGAGGUGGUGAAAGAUGCCUAUGACAUGGCCAAGCUCCUGUGUGACAAGUACUACAUGGCAUCACUGGAUCUGGAGAUCCAGGAGAUCAACGCGUCCGACUCUAAACAGCCAAUUCACAUGGUUUAUGUCCCCUCCCAUCUCUACCACAUGCUUUUUGAACUCUUCAAGAAUGCCAUGCGAGCCACCGUGGAAAGCCAUGAAUCCAGCCUCGUUCUCCCUCCUGUCAAGGUCAUGGUGGCCUUGGGAGAGGAAGACCUGUCCAUCAAAAUGAGUGACCGAGGUGGGGGUGUCCCCUUGAGGAAGAUCGAACAACUCUUCAGCUACAUGUACUCCACAGCACCCACCCCCCAGCCUGGCACGGGGGACACCCCAUUGGCUGGCUUCGGGUACGGGCUCCCCAUUUCCCGCCUCUAUGCCAAGUACUUCCAGGGGGACCUGCAGCUCUUCUCCAUGGAGGGCUUUGGGACGGACGCCGUCAUCUAUCUCAAGGCCCUGUCCACGGACUCGGUGGAGCGCCUGCCCGUCUACAACAAGUCAGCCUGGCGCCACUACCAGACCAUCCAGGAGGCCGGCGACUGGUGCGUCCCCAGCACGGAGCCCAAGAACACGUCCACGUACCGUGUCACUUAGGGGCCAGGGCACCUCUGCACCUGAGAGGAUGGACUGCUUGCUGCCUCUGGGACCGGCCACCACGGCUGCCCUCCCCGUCCCCUGCCCCCAGGUGGAGAGACUCCCCAAUGACCAGCUCCUGUCUCUAUGGAAGUCACGGCGGUGACCAGGCUGUGGUGACCCCUAAGUGCCAAUCUGUCUGUCUGUCUGGCGAUUCUGAGGUGGUCUCCCCAGUGUCCAAUCUCUGUGGGAGAUCCCUGAGGAUUGGGGGAUGUCUCCACCUGCUGGGGUGUCCCCAUGGCAGUCCUGCCAUUUUUCUGCCAGGGUCCCCCUCACCGCCCUCCACAGCCUGGCCUUCCAAACAGAUGCCCCUGCUUGCCUUUUCCCCUUAGUCUGCCCAGGCACCCCAGCCCUGGUCCGUGUCAGCAGGAGGAAAGGGUCCCCCAGAUC